UCCUGACACCUCAAUGCACCAUGAGACGCUGUCUCUUCGGUCUACUGCUCUGAAAGUUAUUGCCCGCAAUAUGAUAGCUGUCUUCUCUCUUUCUUUCAAGACCUGGAAAUUCAUUGUUCGCCAUUUACUUCUUCGGUAGCUAUCCAAUAUGCUCGAUGGCAAUCAUCGCACUGUACCUGAUGAAGUGCUAAUACACAAUACGGACUCACGUUCAAUAACAUCAGUUUUCAAUGAAGCAGACAGGCGAGAGCCUGAUGGUGCUUUCAUAUGUGAAGUUGGGCCUACAACGCCAGCAGCUUAUACACCGCACACUGCAAACAACACUGGGACUGAACUCACAGUAUAUUGUGUAUAAGAUACAAACUACAAAUGCAGGUUGCAAUGACAUCCAAGUCAGAUCGGAUGACGAUGAACCUCCACAAUCUGUGAUCCAUGCACCUGCUGGUUUCGGCAAUUUUUUGAGCGGUUCCCCAACCAAGGUAAAUGGUCAACAAUGUUCUAACCUUCCUUCUUCAUCUCGCUCGGAUGAUGUACCGUCUUUGGCAUCCAAUGUUGUGGCAUAUAGUUACCCUGUCACCGAAUCAGAGAAAAUAAGAAAAAGAAUCCCAAACGGUCCAACAUCACCACCACCGCUAACUACAUCCAUUCAACCUGCCAACGACUGGUGUGAAAGACCUACUCCUCGCGCGCAAACGAGGCAGGACUUCCUAGACAUCAGGCAAAAUACGCAUUCUGUUAAUCAGAAAGAAGUAAACAUAGCCCACGAUCACCACAGGGAGAAGCCUUUAGUUACUGGGCCCUCUGUUGACGGAGGGUCUGGUAUGCUGGGAAUUACUGAUGCUAAAGAUACCAGACAGCGUAUAGACAGGACAUCUGAGGCACUUGAAUCCAAGGCCGUACAUCUAUCGGACGAUGAAGCUGAGAUCGCAGCUUUGCGAGCAGCCCUUGCCGAAUGCUGGGCUCUGUGCAAUACGCUGGCGACUUUAAGCUGUAUACACCGUGAACGUCAUAGCUACACUGUGGAUACUUCAGAGGAUACGUGGAAAUCAUGCUGGCGAUUAUGUCAAGUAUUAUAUGACAGCCAGAGCGAUAAUUAUGCAUUACAAGUCAACCCAACACUCGACCUUUGCAAGCACUUCUGCCAGACAUUGUUUGAAACUCGUGUUCAAAACGACGAGGGUUCAGAUUCUGUUCUUCGCGUUAGCUUUGAGCUCAACAAUCACCUCUACAAUACACAUGACCGGAAAUUGCCUGAUGCUUUUCGGGAACGGACGUUAGACUUUUACAUUACGCUGUGCCACCGCCUGAUGAAACAAAGAACGCUUAUGUCAGAGACGGACACGCUAUUGAGCGCCUGUUGGUCACUAGCAGAAAUGCUUUUCAGCAUACGUCAGAGUAUAAAAGAGCGCAAGAACCUGGGUGAGGAAUUGCUUGGCUCUGCCGUCCAGGCUUGCUGGGAAUUGUGCGAUAUUUUCCGUGAAGGUUGGACAUCAAGAACUCUACGAAGUUCUGAUCGGGGAACUCCACGACCAAGUCAAGCAACUUUUAUGCAGGCCUUCCAGCAGACAAAACAACCUGAAUCCGAUUUGAAUGAUGAGUUUAUUGGGCAACGAGGGAACCCAGAAACGCCGACUACGAUAUUUGAUGAUACCGCGACUGUAUCUCCUGAUGAUGCACCAGUACAGAACAUAUUCGUUCUCGGUGAAAGCUCAGGUCCAGCCUCUCACGCUACAUGGUCGUCGAACUCGUCAAAUAUUUCGGGGAAAAGUCAAGCAUCCGAACAGACAUCAUCCACAAGGACAGUAAAAACCUCAUCCAAGGAUCCUAAUUUAACGAUUGUCCUGGACCUAGUGACCCAAGCCGCAAUAAAUAGCGGUUUCCAGGAUGUUGGACAACAGAGCUUUUCAUCAUUUGUGAAGUCGCUUUCCUCAGAUGCAUUCGGGUCGAUGCCUUGGCAAGUUGCACUCCUAAAAAAUUACAAGCGGCUAGUGGCAUUCAACCCAGCAUUUAGGAGUGUCGGUCCGUCCGCUCGGGCGAGUGCAGCUGAUGUAGCCUCCGCUGUUACAGUAAUGGUUCAGGGUGGGCAAUACCCUUGGCUACGUGAUCUCUACCGUCUCGUCUUCGGUUUCCACAUAGAGGAAGCAGCAAGCCGGAAAAGCAUGACACUUCAAAUAUAGGAGAUUGGUCAAUACAGCGUCCACAUCAGUCACCUUUAUUUUCAGAGUUACUACCCCUGUCUAGUGCAACCCGCAGCAAUUGGCGCGUGGAAAGGCAGGUUGGCAGAUGCUAGUUCUGGUUCUAAUGAGACAAAUAUAUAGAGGAAGGUUGGCAAGGGAAUAACUCUCUUACUUUUACGGGGAGCCUCGUUGAGAUCUUUUCCCGGGAAUUUGUGCUUCACACGACUCUGGUUGGCCAACAAGGCCAAUCGAAACAAACUUGUAGAUUGAUAGGCCUUCCAGUGUGGCGUACGGAUCUAUCAUCACUGUAUUGGCCGAAGUACCCAUCACUCCACAAUUACUGAGAACAAACCCCUAGUAAUAG